AUGAGAAUGGAGAACCUCCCGUUUCUCAUGUUAUUGUGUGCAGCAUUAUCUUGUGCUUUCCCUGCAGCUACAAGGCAGAAAAAAGGUGGUGACAUGCAGCUCAUCCAGAAGUACCUGGAAAAUUACUAUGGCUUUAAGAAAGAUGGGGAAUCUUUCACUUGGAAAGGUAAUAGUCCAAUAACACAAAAAAUAAAAGAAAUGCAGGAAUUCUUUGGGCUUGAGGUGACAGGGAAACUGGAUUCUGGAAUUUGGGACCUGGUAGAGAAACGCCGCUGUGGAUUCCCUGACGUAGCUGGGUUCUCCACCUUUGCAGGAGAGCCUAAGUGGGCAAAACAAGUUCUGACAUACAGGAUAUUAAACUACACACCAGACCUGCAUCCAGCAGAUGUCAACGCAGCGAUCAAAAAUGCAUUAAGUGUCUGGAGCAGUGUAACCCCUCUGACAUUCAUCAAGAGGGACAGAGGUGAUGCAGACAUAGUGAUCUCCUUUGCAGCCAGAGGUCACAAUGACUUCAUCCCCUUUGAUGGCCCAGGAGGAUCUGUUGCUCAUGCCUAUGCACCUGGCAAGGACUUUGGUGGAGAUGCUCACUUUGAUGAGGAUGAAACCUGGUCCAAAAGCACAGAAGGUACAAACCUCUUUUAUGUUGCUGCCCAUGAGUUUGGUCAUUCAUUGGGACUUUUCCAUUCCAAAGACCCCAAUGCUCUGAUGUACCCAGUGUACAGGAAAUAUGACCCUUCAGUAUUCCCUCUUCAUCAGGAUGAUAUUAAAGGCAUUCAGUACCUCUAUGGACCAUCUUAUAACACUCACAAUGACCAAAUAGAAUCUACUGAGAUAAAAGACCCAAGUGAGUCAAAAGACCCUGUACUGCCAAACACCUGUGGCCCCAAUUUAACCUUUGAUGCUGUUACCACUUUCCGUGGAGAAAUCAUGUUCUUUAAAGACAAGCAUGUUUGGCGCAAGCAUCCUGCAGUCAGAACAGCUGGGGUUGAUUUAAUAUCUUCCUUUUGGCCACGGCUGCCACCUGGUGUUGAUGCUGCAUAUGAAAUUCCCGAGAAAGAUGAAACUAUCAUUUUUAAAGGGAAUGAGUUCUGGGUUGUGAGAGGAGAUACCAUGCUUCCUGGAUACCCCCAAAAACUCUACACUCUGGGCUUUUCAAAGGAGGUUACCAAAAUUGAUGCUGCUGUUUAUGAUGGAAAUGAGGGUAAAACAUAUUACUUCGUAGAGGACAAACUUUGGAGGUACGACAAAAGAAGUCAGUCUAUGCACAGGAAGCCCAAGCUGAUAAGAGAUGUGUUUCCUGGAAUUAAUGGGAAAAUCAAUGCUGUUUUUCAACAUGAAAAUUUCCUUUAUUUCUUCAUUGGAAAAAGGCAAUUUGAGUUUGACCCUGAGAAGAAGAGAGUUACACGCCUCCUGAAGACCAGCUUCUGGUUUCCAUGCUAA